UUUUUAAUGUUAUUCUAUCUUUUCCAGAUACGUUUACAAACACAAGCGCCACGCCUGUCACACAUUGUGUGCAUACUCAGUUGUACAGUUGUGGGUGGAGAGGAUUUUUUUGGUUUAUUUUCGUGGCCAGCUAACCAGUAAACGUGUUGUUGUUAGCUUAUAAUAUAUAUAUAACGUUAUAUAUUACAGUUUAGUAUAAUACGGCCAACAAAUAAACAAGUGUUUGUUUAGCUAAUGUGAUAUUGUAACAUUCGUGAGGAAGUGGAUUUUGGACAUUUAGAGGAAGGUUAGCGAGCUAGCGUGAAGUUGAUGAAGCAGAGGCUGUUAGCGUAUGUGCUAGCAGGCUAGCCAUAAUAUCGUUAUUGCUAGAUAUCGUAUCAACAUUUAGGUAGACAAAGCCACCCACUUAUCAUCGUCCACCAUUGGGACUACCGCUAAAUUACCGCGCAGGGAAAUCACAGUUGCCAAGCUCAGGGCAGGACAAACAGUUCUCUCACCCUGACACUUCUGCUGGUAAAGUUAUAGAGGAUACAACUGGAAAGCCUCCCCAAGGUUGAGACCUAAGGAGCAAAAUGUCAAUCACGAACACUCCCACAAGUAAUGAUGCCUGCCUCAGCAUUGUGCAUAGCCUGAUGUGCCACCGACAGGGAGGAGAGAGUGAAAGCUUUGCCAAGCGCGCUAUUGAAAGUCUUGUCAAGAAGCUGAAGGAGAAGAAAGAUGAGCUGGAUUCCCUUAUCACAGCCAUCACAACGAAUGGAGCUCAUCCUAGCAAGUGCGUAACCAUACAGCGAACUCUGGAUGGACGCCUACAGGUUGCGGGGCGUAAAGGUUUCCCCCAUGUCGUCUAUGCCCGACUGUGGCGAUGGCCUGAUCUUCACAAGAAUGAAUUAAAACAUGUGAAAUAUUGCCAGUAUGCCUUUGACCUGAAAUGUGACAAUGUUUGUGUCAACCCAUACCAUUACGAGAGGGUUGUCUCUCCAUGCAUUGAUUUAUCAGACCUGACAAUUUCCCCUUCAGGUCAGCGUUUGGUGAAGGAUGAGUAUGACUAUGACAACCAGCAAUCUCACUCAAGCUCCGAAAGCCACCUGCAGACUAUCCAGCAUCCCCCCUCAAGGCCCGGUCCACAGGAGACCUUCAGCAGUCCUGCUCUACUACCCCCAUUGGAGGGCAGCAGUUCAGCUUCAACCUCCGCUUUCUCCACCAUCAGUGCUGGACCCUCAAAUCCUAACACCAACUGGAGCAGAAACAACAGCUUCACCCCUGCAGUGCCUCAACAUCAGAACGGGCAUCUACAGCAUCAUCCACCCAUGCCUCACACAGGGCAUUACUGGCCUGUAACCAAUGAAAUUGCAUUCCAGCCCCCCAUAUCCAAUCACCCUGCUCCAGAAUACUGGUGCUCCAUUGCGUACUUUGAAAUGGAUGUGCAAGUUGGGGAGACAUUUAAGGUGCCAUCCACAUGUCCGAUAGUGACUGUGGAUGGCUACGUGGAUCCAUCGGGAGGGGAUCGCUUCUGCUUGGGCCAGCUGAGCAAUGUCCACAGGACGGAGAACAUAGACAGAGCCAGGCUCCACAUUGGCAAAGGCGUGCAGCUGGAGUGCAAAGGUGAAGGAGACGUCUGGGUGCGCUGUUUGAGCGAUCAUGCAGUUUUUGUGCAGAGCUAUUACCUGGAUCGAGAAGCUGGACGUGCCCCGGGUGAUGCAGUUCAUAAGAUCUACCCCAGCGCUUACAUCAAGGUGUUUGACUUGCGUCAGUGCCACAGGCAGAUGCAGCAGCAGGCAGCGACAGCUCAGGCAGCAGCUGCAGCCCAGGCAGCAGCGGUGGCCGGGAACAUUCCCGGGCCAGGCUCUGUGGGAGGUAUCGCCCCUGCCAUCAGUUUGUCUGCUGCUGCAGGCAUUGGGGUUGAUGACCUGCGCAGGCUGUGCAUCCUGCGGAUGAGCUUUGUGAAGGGCUGGGGGCCCGACUACCCACGGCAAAGCAUCAAGGAGACACCCUGCUGGAUUGAGAUCCAUUUACAUCGAGCUCUACAGCUGCUGGAUGAAGUUCUGCACACCAUGCCCAUAGCUGACCCUCAGCCUCUUGACUGAAUUAAAAGACACGAACUGUACAAAAAACAGUACAAAUGCAAAGAAUAAUCAGACUGUUCUUUUAACAGACCACUUCACCUACAGGCCUUGAGUGCCGAAGUAGGACUGCAACGACAGGGAUACUGAGUAGGUUGUAGGAACAAGGACUUGAAGGCCGGCAGUAUACUCCAAACACACUGCUUUUAAAUCCAUUGCUGCAGGCAGUUGCCAGUAUACUGAGUCCAGGUCUGUAAGUUCAGCGACUUCCAAACAACAGCUGGAGGAACAUGUGAGUCACACUGGGAGGAGUUGCAGGACUCUGGAAACAUGCUGCCAAGAGGAUGCACAUAAAAAAUGGAAGCCAGUAUUCUGACAUUGUUCACCGAUUGGAAUUGCGUAACAGCAUGAAGUGGACAAGGCUGUGUGUCUCUAAAAUCUCAAGCUGACAAAAUCCUUGCAAAACUAAUGUGAAUUAAAGCGUCCACACCUAAAUUAAAAGAUGCAUUUAGAUAGCCUUAGUGCUAUACAAAACAAAAUGCAUCACAAAGUGUAGAGUGUGAAACAAGGGAUGAUUUAUGCUCAGCUGUGGUCUUUUUUAAGUGUGAACAUUUCCAUAUUUUAUGAUUUUAAUGCAUAGAGCCCCCAUAACUAAUGAACAAAAUUCCUUUCGUUUGGUAAGAGGGCAAACUAUUUGGCUGAAAACCAGUUAAACUGAGCACAAUGUGGCGCCUCGAAUUGGAUGUUGUUGCAUCUUGUCUGAACAUGCUAAAUGUGACAGUACACUGCCAGUCCAGUCCUCCUUCACUGGCUCUCCGGUGCUUACAUCACUUCAUGCAAUGAGCCCCCCUCCCGCCUCACAGAUCACAACAUUUAUGUAAAAUCAUGUUCUUCAUUACUCAUGUUUUUGUAAGAUGUAGUCUUCAGUAUUUUUUAAUGCUGACAGUCCUUGUUUGACAUUGCGAUUUAUAUUCCCCUUUUCUGUAGUUGUUUUUAAAUGUUGUUAAGAGCAUUUGAAAAGCCCAUUUUAGCUGACCUCAGCUCCUUUUUCAACACCAUAAAACUGUUCUAGCACCAGUCAAGGCCGAUGUUUUCACACCCAAAAUUUAACUGAAAUAAUCGAAAGAAAAGGUUAUAACACAUCCGCGUAAUCUUAUUUGUAAUUAUCAUUUUUUGAUUAGUUGCCCACAGUGUCCAUUAGCACUUUAUCAAUUUUCAUAUUUUGUAGUGUCGUGUGUGGUUACUUAAGUAUCCAUAUGAUCUCUUAGAAUAGUUUUUCUCACUAAUGACCUGGUGAGAUCCAUGAAAACUUUUGUUGUGUGUCUGCCCAAAAUCAUUGUUUUCAGCAUCAAUCACAGCAGGUUUGAAAGGUGUGUUUUGUUCUAUUUUGACAAAGCAAUGACCAUACUGAAAAAAAACAUACUGAGUUGUGGUUCAUAAAAUUUUAAAUCUCGUCUGUGUAGGACGACAACCCCCUUUAAAACCUACAGGCUGUGAAUCUUUGAUAGUCAAAAGCUACAUUUUGGGUAGUAUCACUUUAAGAUGGCUCACUGCAACCCUUUUUAAUUUGAUUAUUACUUGGAUGACAUAUUCUAGAUAACAGCUGAGCGAAGGAAGCAAGGAAUAAACUGUGAGAGGAAGUUUAAGCCAUAUUGAUGCCAAAUAUACCCUAUGAAAAGUAAAAAGGUUAUCAGACUGCAGUCAUUUCAGUGUUAUGUUGCUUGUAAGAGCCUGGAUUUAAUCAUCAGCUGAAUUUUUCUAGCUUUUGCUAAGAGCUUUUGAUCGAACAAUAUUUUGGUAUUUGGAGCUCAGUUUACCUACAGCUGUUGCAGUAUUUUAUACUCUUGCGCUACCUUUCCAGUAAUGAACCACUUAUAAUUCAAAAUGAUGAAAAAGAAUGCUGUACAAUUUUGAAAAAGUGCAAGUUCAUGCUCAUCUGGAUCUUAACAAUCGUGUUAUACAUUCUGAAUACAUAGAGUUUGAAUGAUAUUGGUGUUUAUAUGUAUGAAUAUGGUUGAAUAAAAUUUAACAGGCUAAUGUG